AAAUUUCAAAUUGCCGUACACGAAUCUAAAAAGAACAAGAACGGAUUACGAGUUUCUUCCUUGUUCGUAGAGAUUAGAAUUUAGAUUUUGGUUUCCAUUUGAAUUUGAUUAACUUUCUCGUUUGAUUUUAUUGGAUAUGGCGUUCAGCAUCACUCAUCAGAUUGGAGCGCUCGCCGGAACGCCGGUGACUUCAGAAAUGAGUAACGGCGCGUCCGGUGAAGCGACAGCGGCAGUGAAUGCGGCGGUGUUGAGGAAGUCACCGGCGUCUGCUCUAAGAUGCAGAGUGCAGAGGACGGACGGAGUAGACGCGCUAUCGCCGCCAUUGAGUCCGUGCAGAUCGCCGGUGCUGGGAGGGAUACGGCCAGAUUUGUCGGUGGCGUGCCAAGCAUUUGCGACCGAGGUGGCGGCUCCGACGGAAGUGAAGGAGUACAAAGAAGGAGGUGAGAGAGGGAAGGGGAAAGGAGUUCCGGUUUACGUGAUGAUGCCAUUGGAUAGCGUGACGAUGGGGAAUACGGUGAAUCGGAGGAAGGCGAUGAACGCGAGUUUACAGGCUCUGAAAAGCGCCGGAGUGGAGGGGAUAAUGAUGGAUGUGUGGUGGGGAUUGGUGGAGAGAGACUCGCCUGGUUCGUACAACUGGGGCGGCUAUACAGAGCUCUUAGAAAUGGCCAAAAAACACGGCCUCAAAGUCCAAGCCGUUAUGUCCUUUCAUCAAUGCGGCGGCAACGUUGGGGACUCCGUCACUAUUCCUUUACCUAAAUGGGUAGUGGAAGAGAUUGAUAAAGAUCCAGAUCUUGCGUACACUGAUCAAUGGGGGAGAAGGAAUUAUGAAUACAUAUCGUUGGGAUGCGACAACCUCCCUGUUCUUAAAGGCCGAACUCCCGUCCAAUGCUAUGCAGAUUUCAUGCGUGCUUUCAAGGAUAAUUUCAAGCACCUUCUUGGUGACACCAUUGUGGAAAUCCAAGUGGGAAUGGGCCCUGCUGGUGAGCUCCGUUAUCCAUCCUACCCUGAGCAAAAUGGGACAUGGAAAUUUCCAGGAAUUGGAGCCUUCCAAUGCUUUGAUAAGUACAUGCUGAGUAGUCUAAAAGCUGCUGCUGAAGCUUAUGGUAAACCUGAAUGGGGAGUUACAGGCCCAACUGAUGCCGGAAGCUACAACAACUGGCCAGAAGACACCCCAUUUUUUCGUAAAGACGGCGGUGGCUGGAAUUCGACUUACGGUGAGUUCUUCCUCUCCUGGUACUCCCAAAUGCUGUUAGCUCAUGGCGAGAGAAUCCUCAUGGCGGCCACCUCAACCUUUGAGAACACUGGCGUCAAGAUGUCAGUGAAGAUUGCCGGAAUCCAUUGGCAUUACGGGCACCGCUCACAUGCCCCUGAGCUCACAGCAGGCUACUACAAUACCCGAUUCCGUGAUGGAUAUCUCCCAAUUGCUCAAAUGCUUGCCCGCCAUGGCGCCAUCUUCAACUUCACCUGCAUUGAGAUGCGCGACCACGAGCAGCCACAGGACGCCCUCUGUGCCCCUGAGAAGCUGGUCCGGCAGGUAGCUCUAGCCACACACAAAGCCCAAGUCCCUCUUGCAGGGGAAAAUGCUCUGCCACGCUAUGAUGAGUCCGCCCAUGGGCAGAUCUUGCAAGCUUCCUCCUUCAUCGGCGAGGGGGAUUCAGAGGAGACUGAGAUGUGUGCGUUCACAUAUCUGAGAAUGAAUCCACACCUGUUUGAGGCAGAGAAUUGGAGAAGAUUUGUGGCGUUUGUGAAGAAGAUGAAGGAAGGGAAGAACCCAGACAAGUGUUGGGAGCAGUUGGAGAGGGAAGCUGAGCAUUUUGUUCAUGUUACUCAACCUCUGGUACAAGAGGCUGCUGUUGCUCUCAUGCACUAGAAGAAGAAAAAGGAAGGUUUCAUUAUUAUAGUGUUGUAAACUCCAUAGUUGAUGAACAGGUUCAACAAUGGAGGCUUGGUCUGGUCUGGUCUCAGCUCUGCGUUUUCUGUAGCUCUCUGGUUUUUAGUAUGAUGUAGCUAUGGAAAAAAGAGGAACUCGUAAUUUCUAUCCUCAGAUUUCUACAUUAAAAUCAUAUUUGUAAUCUUAACUUUUAGCUAGUUUCACUUUAGUUUCGA